AGACCCCAUAUAGCAAUGUUUUUGUUUAUUUGUUCAAUGUAUUGUUUCCUUUUCUAGGGAGUGCCACUUACUGAAGGCAAUGGGAUGGGCAGCUUGUAUAUGUUACAAGGGUACUGCUACAGCCGUCGUACCCUGGACACCUGGUCCCCCGGGUCCAAAAGGUGACCAUGGUCCUAUGGGAGAAGCUGGCCCUAUGGGGUUGCCAGGCCUUGAAGGUCUUCCAGGAGAAAAGGGAGAUCGAGGACAAAUUGGUCCGCCAGGAAUUGCUGGAAUACCGGGGAGGAAUGGAGUUCCAGGUCCACCAGGAAUUCCAGGUGAACCAGGUGAGAGAGGUCCAGUAGGAGAUAUUGGCUUUCCUGGUCCUGAAGGUCCCCCUGGAUCAUCGGGAAGAAACGGAAAUGAUGGAUUACCCGGUUCACUGGGAGCCCCAGGACGACCAGGUGACAGAGGUCCAAAAGGAGAACGUGGAGAUCCUGGUAUAACAGGAGAUCAAGGUCCAAGAGGAAAAACAGGUCCACCAGGAGAGAAGGGAGAUAUGGGACCCACUGGGCCACAUGGACAACAUGGAGAUAGGGGCUACCCUGGACAACCAGGAAAUGAUGGUCAGCCAGGACCACCUGGGCUUCCAGGAAUAUCGACACAGAAUAUUCCAUUUGAAGAACUGAAAAAAUAUAUUAAACAAGAAGUUUUGCGAAUAUUUGAAGACAAAAUGAGUGAUUUACUAUCUCAGCUAAAAACACCAGCUGCAUUACUAGCAGCUCAAGGAAAACCGGGCCUACCAGGAAAGGAUGGACUGCCAGACCACCUGGAGAUCCAGGGCCACCUGGUCCUCAAGUAG